UAUUUACUCGCUUCUGCAGGGACCGCGUCGGAAGAUGAAGAAGAAGAAGACGGCGGCAGUGAGACCACGUCACGCACUCUACCUCCGCCGUCGACCGUGACGGAGCUCGAUGGCCGCCGACGGCGGCGCAGGAAGCGACGACUUUGUUAUGCUUGUGAAGUUGCCUAACCCCUCGGCGUUGUUGACCAAGUUCGCCAUUAAUUUAUUCCCAUUUCUUCUCAGAACUUCGCUUCGUCUUCCCUCCCAUUUCCAUGAAAAGUCACGAUUCCCCCAUCAAGCCACCAUCGCUGCUCUUUAAAUUCCGUCCCUCCCCACCUCCCUCGAAUGAAUCCAGCAUCGCGACGAUAUGGCGAACACCAUCAAGCUCGGUGGAUCCUUAGCGACCGGUGCUUUCGCCUCCUUCAGGCUCGCUCCCUUGGCGAACCUCGCCGCCUCCGUCUCCCUCCGCCGCUCCCUCCGCCGCCCGCCGGCGGCCCUGUGCGCGUCCUCCGAUGACGAUCGCUUCACCGUCCUGGUGGCGGACGAGCUCGGGGAAGCGGGGCUGGAUAUCCUCAGGGAUUUCGCGGAGGUUGACCACGCCGUUGACCUCGCACCCGAGGAGCUGUGCGCGAGGAUCGGCGGGUGUGAUGCGCUCAUUGUCGGGAGCGAGAUGAAGGUGAGCGGGGACGUGUUCGGCUGCUCCGGCGGGAGGCUGAAGGUGGUCGGGAUCGCCGGGGGUGGGAUUGACAAUGUGAACCUGGCCGCGGCGAACGAGAACCGGUGCCUGGUGGUGAAUGCGCCGAACGCGAGCGGCUCAGCAGUGGCAGAGCACGCGAUCGCCCUCCUGACGGCCAUGGCCCGGAACAUUGUGCAAGCUGCGGUUUCGGUGAAGUCGGGUAAUUGGCAAAGGAAGAAGUAUGUGGGCAUGUCUCUUUCAGGGAAGACCCUUGCUGUCUUGGGUUUAGAGGUCGGGUUUGAUGUUGCCCAACGCGCCAAAGGUCUCGGAAUGCAUGUAAUCGCAUAUGACCCAUACGCCUCCGGUCAUCUAGCCCGUGCAAUCGGGGUAGAGUUGGUGACGUUCGACAAGGCCAUAGCGAAUGCAGAUUUCAUCUCCUUACAUAUGCAUUAUACUCCUGCCACGCAGAAGAUGCUUAAUGAUGAGACCUUUGCGAAGAUGAAGAAAGGCGUUCAGAUUCUGAAUGUCACUCAUGGAGGAUUGAUCGAUGAAGACGCUCUAGUCAGGGCACUCGAUUCAGGAAUUGUGUCGCGGGCAGCAGUAGAUGUUUUGAUAGAGGAGCCGCCACCGAAAGACCACAAGCUCGUCCAACACGAGAAAGUCAUCGUUACCCCAAAUCUCGGAGACGGUACUUUCGAAGCUCAGGAACAACUGGCUAUCGAAAUUGCAGAAGCCGUCAUUGAAGCUUUAAAAGGAGAUCUUCCUUCGACCGUCGUCAAUGAACCGAUGGUUGCUGCUGAGGUCCUUGCGGAAUUGAAGCCAUUUCUGGACCUCGCAAUCAAUCUAGGAAGAUUUGCUGUCAAACUAAUCGCAGGAAGAGGCGGUUUUAAAGCAGUAAAAGUCACAUACGCUUCUGCUAGAGAACCGGAUCAACUCGACACAAAACUCCUCCGAGCCGCGGUGAUCAAGGGCCUCAUCGAACCCAUUUCCAGCGUCAUCGUCAACUGGGUGAAUGGAGAUUCAGUAGCCAAGCAAAGAGGACUGAGAAUUACUGAAGAGCGAGUCACUUUGCCCGGUUCGCCGGAGUACCCUCUCGAGUUCCUCCAGGUUCAGAUAGCAAGCGUGGAGUCGAGAUUCGACGGCGCCCUAUCGACAUCCGGGGAGAUUGAAGUCGGGGGGCAGGUGAGAGACGGGCUUCCCUUCCUGACUAAGGUCGGGAACUUCGAGGUGGACGUCCGGUUGGAAGGCUGCAUACUGCUGUGCAGGGCGAUCGAUCAGCCAGGUCUGAUCGGGAAGAUCGGGAGCGUCCUGGGGGAGGCGAACGUGAACAUCGGCUUCAUGAACGCUACGAGGACCGCCGUCGACUCGGAGAACUUGGAGAGCAUGAUCUCGAUCAAGGUGGACGAUCAGCCGACCAAGGAGACGCUGAAGAAGAUCGGCGAGAUCGCUGCGAUCCGGGAGUUCGUCUUCCUGGUCGUGUAAAGAUGGAGAAGGCUAACGCAUUAUUUCAUUGUACCUAGAGAACACAUUAAUUGAUUCCCUUUCAUUUCUACCGUCGUAGCUUGAAUAAACUUGGUUCCCCUUGCAAAUGUUAUUUUUUAUAAUUUUACUUUGUUCAAAUUUGAACUUAA